AUGAAUCCUUCCACCAGCAGAGAGGAUGCAAGCCCACCAGUUAAAGACCCAGAUGGGGUUUUGAUCCGUUACAAGAAGAUCCUGUCCACCUACCAGCGGGUGAGGAGCAUGUCCAGAGCCUUCCAGAUCCACGGAGUCGACCGAAACACCAUGGCCUCCACCUCCCCCAUCGCCGAGCUGCUGCUGGUGGCUCCAGAGAAGGUGUCAGAAGUCGGAGAGUUUGAGGCGUCGAAGGAGAAGCUGUUGGAUUACGCCCGGAGGUGCUACAAGACGAUGGAUGACGAGACGCAUGCCAAAGUCCAGACCAUGAAGAAGACUCACAAGCUGCUGCCCAUCUCCUACAGGUUCAGAAACUGAGAGCGGAGCGAGGCGGGCAGCAGGACCAGCUGGUGGGAGCUUUCUGCACUUUGUUCUCAUUUUUCUUAAAGUCAGAAUAUAUAAUAGGAUGUGAGAAGAUUAAAUGCCAAAUUACAUGGCAUAUUCUGAUGUAUUUAUUUAUUUUCAUUGAACUGCUUUAUUUAUGUUUUUUUUCUUGUUUUUGUUUGUUUUUCCUUGUGCAGCUAUUACAGUUGAGAGUAGUUUUUUACUCCUCUGAACUAUGACAGUGUUUCACACUGAAGACUG